CAGGUGGUGCAAUGGGUUAAACCACUGAGCUGCUGAACUUGAUAACUGAAAGAUCGGCAGUUUGAAUCCAGAGAGCGGGAUGAGCUCCCACUGUUAGCCCCAGCUUCUGCCAACCUAGCAGUUGGAAAACAAGCAAGUGUGAGUAGAUCAAUAGGUACCGCUCUGGCAGGAAGGUAACAACGCUCCAUGCAGUCAUGCUGGCCACAUGGCCUUGUCUAUGGACAACGCCGGCUCUUCAGCUUAAAAAUGGAGAUGGGCACCACAUUCCAGAGUCGGACACAACUGGACUUAAUUGCAAGGGGACACCUCUAGAGCCCUUCAUCUUAACAGCAACAAUUAUUCAAACACCUUUCCAAAAAUAUCAGUAGAAAUAUUGAAAUGUAAUAUAGCAUCCUGUAUUCAGAUUAGCCAAUUUAUCAUGGCAUAUCAGUUAAGAGAAAAUUACUCAUGCCCAGUGAAUUACUUGAAGAAAAAAAAGAACAGAGAGUUAUGAGUUAGGAUAAAAAUGGUCCAGAAUAAAUAAUACAUACAAAUUAAAUAAUUGUAACUAGAUAUGAUGGGGAGGGCUGUAUUUUCCUUUAUGAUGAGCCAGAAGAGAUGAUUGGUAGAUAAGAAAAAAAAUAUACACAACCUUUUGCCUUUCUGGGUUGUUGUGAGUUUUCCAGGCUGUAUGGCCAUGUUCCAGAAGCAUUCUCUCCUGACGUUUCACCUGCAUCUAUGGCAGCCUCCUCAGAGGUUCUGAGGUAUGUUGGAAACUAGGAAAAUGGGGUUUAUAUCUCUGUGGGAAGUCCAGGGUGGGAGAAAGAACUCUUGUCUGCUGGAAAUAGGUAUGAAUGUUUCAAGAUCUGGCUUCUAGCAGCUUCAAGGUCUGGCUUCUUACUGCCUGGGGGAAUCCUUUUUGGGAGGUGUUAGCCGGCCCUGAUUGUUUCUUGUCUGGAAUUCCCUUGUUUUUGAGUGUUGUUCUUUAUUUACUGUUAUGAUUUUAGAGUUUUUAAAUACCGGUUGCCACAUUUUGUUCAUUUUCAGGGAUUCUUCCUUUCUGUUGAAAUUGUCCACACCUUGGGAUUUCAGUGGCUUCUCUAUGUAGUUUGACAUGGUGGUUGUUAGAGUGGUCCAGCAUUUCUGCGUUCUCAAAUAAUAUGCUGUGUCCAGGCUGGUUCAUCAAGUGCUCUGCUAUGGCUGACUUCUCUGAUUGAAGUAGUCUGCAGUGCCUUUCACAUUCCUUGAUUCGUGUUUAGACAAUGCUGCGUUUGGUGGUCCCUAUGUAGACUUGUCCACAGCUGUGUGGUAUACAGUAGACUCCUGCAGAUGUGAGAGGAUCCCUCUUGUCCUUUGCUGAAUGUAGCAUUUGUUAGAUUUUCUUAGUGGGUCUGUAGAUAGUUUGUAUGUUGCAUUUGUCCAUCGGCUUCCCUAUGCAGUCAGUGGAUGUAUGGUAACUUUUCUUCUGUGAUAGGUCAGGAGAGAAUGCUUCUAGAACAUGGCCACACAGCCCAGAAAACUCACAACAACCCAGUGAUUCCGGCCAUGAAAGGCUUUGACAAUACAUUUUACCUUUCUAUUCGCCCUAAUUUGAUAUUGCCUAUCUCCAUCACAGGUGAAUGAGACAUUCUUGAGAUUCAGUGUCAACAUUCUGCAAUGGUAGGCUGUUUAGGGAUGCAUGAUGAUUCUGAGUCCCUUUUGAUAAGAAAUUGAUAAGAGUUCAUCUUUAUUUUUCUUCUGUGGUUUAGGAAAAGCUCAAUUGUCCCAGAGAACAGUAGAGCUUCAACUUUUGUGUACAUUUCUUUUUUAGCAGCUAUAUAUUAAUAAUCAACUUCAUCAAUUGUGACAAGAUGGAGAUACCUGCUUUUUUCAAGAGCAAAAAUCCUUUUCCACUUGAAGGCAGUCUGAAGAUUAGAAUUGAUCGAAAGAACUUACCAUCUCACAAAGCUAUGGCGUCUGCAAUGAAGGCGAAAAUGCCUAUAAUGUAUCAAAGAGAUGUCGGCCACACCAACUGGUACGAAGCGCACUAUCAGAAACAGUGCUUGAAGAAUGCAGCCACAGGCCUGCAUUUUGCCAACGAUGUUGUUUCAGAAAGGCAGCCGUCAUCUCUGUCUUACAUGAAAUUUGAUCCUAGAGGUCUAUACGAUCCUUCUAGUGUCAUUCAAAAGCAAAAAAGUGAGGACUUUACUCCUAGAAAAAUAAGGCAACCAAGAAGGCUCAAACCACUAAGGAAACAACUUUACGAACUGAAGUCAGAAGAUGCUCUGGCCAAGCCACCCACCCCUCCAAAUUUUCCAUAUUUUGUGGAAGAGUGCAUAUACAAAGCUAAAGUAGAAAGUGAAAUUCCAGACCCAACUUUGCUGGUGCCUGUUCCUCCAGUUUCUCCUCCUCCUUCUUGUGAGCUCCAACACUCACGGAUAUUCCUAACUGAACCCCCAGAGAUGUUGGGAGACAAGACAACCAAAAGAUGGCCAAAGCCAACAUUACCGAGCAUCCCAGUCCACAAACCACAGCAGCAAAACCUGAAAUGGGAAGAAAGGCUGUUGACAAAAUUAAGCAGGGCUACAGCUCAAUGGAUUGUCAAUAAUCAGCCCUCCUGGGGACGCUGGGUUCAGGGCAAGCCACGGGGUUUUAAGAGGCAAAAAUACGAUUGGAGCAGCAUCAAGUAUGUGCUCACUUCUGAAAGUGAUAUGGAGCUGUUGAAUGAAAUUGAGGCAGAAACUGUUGUGGGAAGUCAUAUUGCACUCCAUGAGAAGAAACCCGAGACAUCCCUGCUUACCUAUUAUAGAGGACCAUCUUUCCACACAAGAGUGCUUUCCAUAGAAGACCCAGCUGCUAACAACAAAACAGCAGAUAGAAUAUCAAAGAGGACCUUCAAAUCAAUGUCUCCUGUUAAACGUCGAGGAAGAUUGAACUCUGUGGUUGGAAAAUACUCAUACACAACGCAAAAUGUCUUUGAACAAGACCUCUAUUUUGGAUCAGCCAGGAUUGUCCAUCAAGACACCAAGAAGGAUCGUUUAGUUAUGGAUAAUAAUUAUGAAUACUAUCUACAUCUUGAGCAACGUUACCCAAGACCUCAUGAGAUCUGGAGCUUCAGGCCAUCAAAAAAGGCAGUUAAAAGGCUACAGAAGGGAACCAUCCACUGGACCUCACUUCCCACUAGCAUUGAAGAUUUCACUCGGUCGGGUGGAGCACAACAAUCGUUUGUAUCAAGUGGGAGAAAAAGAGAAGGGUAUAAAAAAUCUGAUGAUGUUCCUGAGAUUAUCCAUAUCCGUAGGACCAUGCUGGAACAGUGGAAGGCUGAUUGGAAAUUUGAUCCUCCGUGGCAAUCAGCAACUAUAGAAGGAUUAAUCAGAAGUCUUAGGGAUGUGCAUGUUCUAAAUCGGAUCAAUGCUAUACUUAUUUGUGCAACUGCUGUGCUUGAGCGGCCCCAACGUGUGCAAGAAUCGAGUCAGGAGGCCGUAAUAGGAAUGGAAACUGGUGCAAAGGGUUUAGAAACUGAAGCUUUACCCAAAAAAAUACAGCCUUUGCUUAAAAAUCAGCUGUUUGAUAAAGAUGCACAUGUGAGAAUGGCAGCAGCUGUAUGCUUCUAUGCUAUGGGGAAAUGGCAUCAAGAGGCACAGGACAUUAUGAGACAUGCUUUGUUAAAUGGGAACAGUGCAGAUAGCUGGGCAGCAGCCCAGGCCCUGGCUAUGGAUGGCAUUACCAGUUUACAUGUCAUAAAGAGGAUCCUGUAUCAGAUUUUUGAUCAAAAAGAUGAUGCCACAGAAGAACAGGCUUGUCGGUUGUUGGCUCAGCUCAGCAAACACACAGGCUUGGUUCAUUGUUUACUGGCAUCAGAACUGAACAGCUGCCGAUGGAAAAAUCGAGUGUCGGCUUGUAAAACAUUCUCUCGUAUCCCUGGAAGUAUCAGCCAGGAUCUCAAAAACAAAAUGGUUCAGCUGAUGUGGACAGACUGGAAGUUUGAUGUACGUCGGGCAGCUGCCAAGGCUCUUGGGCAUUUUGAACUUGGAAAAGAAGUCCAUGACCAGCUUAGGAAGCAACUGAAGAGAGGAGAUUGCCGGAUGCGGGUGGAAGCGCUCUCUCUGAUUGGUUGGCUAAGGCUCAUGACAUCCAGGCUGCUCCCUGGAUUUCUUCAAUGUUUUUCUGAUGAUUUUGUUGCUGUCCGAAAGGAAGCCUGUAGGGCAGCUGGAGCACUUAGGAUUAAAGAAGAGACAGUACUUAAAUGCCUUUUUAAGAUUAUGCAGACUGACCCGUUCUGGAAAAUCAAGGCCCUCGCCAUUAGAGCUCUGGGUCAGAUAGGUGAGCCCAGCUCUCACCUCAAAGACCUUCUUCUCUGGGCCCUUCAUUAUGAAGAGGAUCCCGGGGUCCGGAGGGAAGCCUGCCGCAGCAUCGUCACUCUCAACAUGCAGGAUGAAACAGUUCAGGCUACUUUACAAGAGAGACUGAUACUGGAACCGAAUGAGCUGGUUAAAGAGGAGGUAAGUCAUGCUGUGAAGACUUUCAAUUUUGAACAGGAAGAGGACCAAGAAGUGAUCCAGAAAAUCAAGGACAAGAUUACCACAUUAAGCCAAAAAGAUUUAGUGAUUGAGAAAGUGCUGAAAUUUCGAGAGAUUACAAAGAACACAUGGCAUGAAGCCCACCGCAUCUACCGUGAGAGGGGAGACAUCUUUGCAUACAAAGAGAUUCGGGACGUCUUCCUUGCUGUUGUUCAAGUCACUUUCACUGAUCAAACUCAGUUGCCACGCAGGAGCUUCUCAAAGAUUUGGAUGAGUAUCUUAAAUCUACUACCUUGGUUGGAAAUCCCACCAAACCCAUGGACACAAAGAGCUUUUUUUGAAGCACUGGAAAUAUACAAGGCUGAAAAGGAGGAAUGUGCUAAGAAAUCAAAAACAACCUCAGGGAAGCAGGAAGGAUCAAAGGUCAUCAAGAAGAGUGAAGAAACUGGUGUCACUUUUGUGUGAUGAUUAGGUAAAGUCUUCCAUGUACACACUGACUAGCUUUUUAGGGAAAGAUUUGUAGAGACUUCACUGCCUAUAAUAUCCAAGUGUGAGUCUUGCUAUGUUCUGCAAGAAUCUGAAUUACUGAACUUUGAGAUAUAUUCUGGGAGAACAGGGACUAAAAAUCGAAGCAAUACAUUAACUACAUCAAAGCUGGUAAUACUUCUACAAUAGACAUAUAGCUGCUAUGGUGGAAGUAUUUCAGCUCUUCACAUUGGUUAAAGCAGUUUUUGAACUUGGCUUAUCAUGCAUAACCACAUGUGUUUAUGCCAUUAUUUUAAAAGCGGAAUCUGAAGUACUGAAUGACAAUUAUUUUGUACUUAUUUGUUGACACAGUGGAACAGGAUCACACAUCUUUGUAUGUCUUAUCAGAAUGCUAAUCGGUGACAUGGAAAGCUCAGUCUGAGUAGCAGAAGCUCACUUUUCUACAGACAACAGAUGACUUGGGAGUUAAAAACAAAUAUGGGUUUGUAAAUGCACUUUACCUAUCUUUUAUAUAUGUACUCAUUUAGCAUUUAUAUCUGUACAAAAAUAUUUCUCAGUGAAAUGAAGAGGAUCUUUGGACUACCAUAA